GAUAAAACUGAAAAAAGUGUUUGUUAAAAUAUUAGUAAAAAAAUUAUUUGAUAUAAAAUUAUUAAAUAGUAAAGCGUGACCCACACUUUAAUUACCUAUGAGUGGAAGUGAUUUGCUUACAAAAAAUGUUAUUUGAAAGCGUAGAAGACUCAUCGAAUAAAGAGAGCGAUGCCUUCUUAUUUCGGGGCUUGUUGUUAUUUUCGAUUACUUCGCUACUGUCCCUGAUCGUCUGGAAGCAGCGCAAAUGUUGGCAAUUAAUAUGGCAAUUAAAUGGUUGGAGAGGUGUAGUGACACAACCACUACAUUGGAUAUACUUAUUGUUCAAUAUGGAUCCAAAAAGGAUUUUGGAAACAUUGCAGUACACACGUUUAAAUUAUAAAUGUCCAUUAGCUGUUUUAAUCGGUACGAGAGUUUUUCUCUAUGUUGACGAUCCUGCUACUAUGGAGGCUGUUAUGACAUCACAGGAAUGUUUGGAUAAAACUUUUAUGCAAAAUGGAUUUUUCUCUCAUAAUGGAUUGUUACAUGCGAAAGGUCAGGAAUGGAAAGUGCGUCGGAAGCAGCUUAAUCCCGCAUUCAGUCACACAGUACUGGCAAGUUUUGUUGACAUUUAUAACACAGUUGGAAAUCAGAUGAUAAAGAAAUUCACUCAAGAAUUACUAGGUGAUGCAGUCGGAUUUAAGGAUAUGGAGGAUUUGUUAAGUAGAGCAGUAUUGGAGAUUUCAUGCCAAACGACAAUGGGAACUGCAACUAAUUUUACAACACAGGAUACCGAAGACAUUGCCUUAUCAUACAAAAAGCUUAUGGAUAUAUCUGCAAUUAAAGUCGUGAAACCAUGGUAUCAGAAUGAUACCGUCUUCCGUUGGCUGGAUAACAAAAACUAUGAAAUCGGUGUGGAAUGCAACAAGUUGGUGGAAAACUUUGUGAGCAACAUUGUGCAACGUAAACACGCUGAGUGGAAACAGAAAAUGCAGUCAAAUAACGCAAAUAGGACAUCAUCUGGUGACGAAGGUGUCAAAUAUAGUGGAAUGGAUGGUGGAGAUGAUGCUGAAUUUGAUGCUACUGCCAUGAAUAAUAUGGUUGGGAAAAAACGCAUUUUCAUUGAGCAAAUAUUUCACUUAGAACAACUUGGCGAAUUAACGCUCCGGGAUAUAAUGAACGAAUCCCAUUCAAUGAUGUUGGUGUCAUUUGAGACAGUUUCAAACGGAUUAAUGAUUCUGCUGAUGUGUUUGGCAAUCCAUUUGGAUUAUCAGAAAAAAUUACGUGAAGAAAUCAAUGAAACUUAUCCUGAUGGAAAUAUUGCAGAUAUUACAAUAACGCAAUUGCAGCAAUUGAAAUAUCUGGAUAUGGUUGUGCAUGAAUCAUUGCGGCUCUUGACAACGGUUCCCAUGAAUAUGCGGAAUGUAAGUUCUGACUUUAAGAUGCAUUUGCCUGCUAAAGACAACAGGGGUGCAAUAACAGCGCUGGUACCAAAGAAUACAUUGGUUGUAUUAGACGUUUUCAAUAUGCAACGUGACGAAGCCCAUUGGGGACCGAAUGCAAAAAAAUUUGAUCCUGAACACUUUGCCGAAUCAAAGUCGGAACGGCAUCCUUACGCUUUUAUACCUUUCUCCAAAGGUACACGUAGUUGUAUUGGUUGGCGUUACAGUUUGUUACUGACGAAGAUUUUUCUUGUGAAAUUAAUUUCUUCUUUCGAAUUCCAAUGCCCAGGAACAAAACUUGAAGAUUUGUGUGCAAAUACAACAUUCGUCAGAGCCAAGCAAGAAGCAUUGCUUGAGGUGUACCUAAACGAGAGACCAUCGUCAAAAUAUGGCAUCUCAGUGAGGGACCCAUCACCAUUCUGUAUACCAGUCAUGAUGGGUGUACCAAUGGCUAUGUGUGUUCAAAUGUCGAAUAUAAAUGUAGAGGGAAAUAAUCUGAAUAUGUGUAUGGAUUUCGUGGUGAGAUUGGCAACGACAGAUCUAUUUGAAAUGCAUUUCCAAUGCAUGAAAAUGGGUUUGGAUGGCGUGAUGUAUGUUGAUAAGAAUGGACAGCCUGUCGUACCGUCAAGCAAUAGUAAAAACGAAGCCUCAGAUGACACUGAUUAUUACGAUGAAACUGAAGAAAGUGAAAAUGAAAUUGAAAAUGAAGUUAAUUCCAAAGAAACAGAAAAUGUCUAUGGUCAAUUGGAUGUAGUCAAAGAUGAAAAACUUAUUGAAGCAGAAAAGCAAAAGGAUGAAGAGGCCAAUAUGCAUCAGCUGCAAAUGCAGAUGCAACAAUUGCAAGAGCAACCAAUAAUCACAACAAAUUCACCGCCGACAGCAGCGACAGUAACGGCAACAGCAAUAGCAACAGAAAGUGAAAUGUCAACCACGGUGGAAACCCCAAUUAAUGAUGAGACCGCAAAUACAAUAAAUGAGUAUCAGGCAAUAAUCAAUGCAAUUACAAUAGCACACACAACAACAACAACAACGACGACGUCUACAACACCGGCACCAACAGCAAUCACAACAAAAACAACAACAAUAGCAACACCAAUAGCUAUUGAAUCAAUUGAAUUUACUGACAAUAUUUAUAACUCUUUAAAUGCAGUAAAUGCUGCAACUGCACAAGCACAAGCACAAUCGCAAUCACAAGCAACAACAACAUCAACAACAACUGCAUUACCAACUGCAGUUGCAGCUACGCCAGCCGAUAGCAGCAGUAAUUAUAGCAAUGAUAGCAAUAAUAGUGCUGCUGAUACCGAUGUCGAUGUCGAUGUCGAUACCGAUGAAGCUAAUGAUAAUAGCAAACAUGAUUAUGAAUAUGAAACUUAUGAAACCGAUGCAGCCGAUGCAGCAGAUACAGCCGAUAAUAGUAACAGUGCCACAGGCACGGGUGAGGGCAGCCUUGACUAUGCCAGCUCGGCGCAGGUAGUUCAAAAUAGUAACAGUGCACCACAAUUGACAGCGAAUGCUGAAUACGAUUACAGUGGAACUGGCGAAGCAGAUUCACUUCUAAGCACUGAACUAGUACAAUCGACGUACUCGCCAAGUUCCAUUGCUGUUGCUAAUGCUGAGGCAGCCGCCGCUGCCGCAACUGUGCCGCCUCAGGCUAAUUUAAUUACGCUUUACCGACGACGAUCUUCCACUUAG